UAAUAAAAUAAAUUUUUAAAUUUUAAAUUAAUUUUAUGUAAUUUAAAAUUAAAAGUCGAAAUUAAUAUAUGUUUUUUUUCAUUAUUUUUUGACUAAAGGAGAGGAUAUUCUUUGUAAUUAAUGAUUUGAUUUGUAAAGAUUGGAGAAAGAUAGAGCAAGAUGGCGUGAAUGGUACUUAUAUUUUUGCUGGGAGGAUGAGAAUUACUUUUCAUUUUUGUGUAAACAUUCUCUUCAAUCUUGAUGUGAAUCAAGCAUGAAGGAUUAAAAAGCAUUUUCACCCUAAUCCUUACAAUUUCCUUCCUCCACAAAGCUCAACCGCCUCCAUAUUCCUCCUUCUUCUCUCACAUACAGUAUUAAUGGCGAUUGGCUUCGAACCCCUACUCGUUUUUCUCCUCUUCUCUUUAGGGGCAAUAUUAAGUUCUGCAGCAGUUAUCAGUCUUCAUAAUCAAUGCAGUGAUACAAUUUGGCCCGGUACUCUCUCCGGCAAUGGCGCGGCGAUUCUGGGUGAUGGCGGCUUCGAAUUGGCAUCCGGUGCCUCAGUCCAGUUCACGGCCCCAUCCGGUUGGUCUGGCCGAUUCUGGGCCAGAACCGGCUGCACGUUUGACCAGUCCGGCUCUGGAAAGUGCAUCACUGGCGACUGCGGUGGCGUAUUAAAAUGCAGAGGUGGUGGCGCGCCACCAGCGUCCCUCGUGGAAUUCACAAUCGCAUCCGACUCAAAGUCCAAGGACUUCUACGAUGUCAGUCUGGUGGACGGUUACAAUGUACCCUUAGGUGUGAGGGCAGUUAGCGGUUCAGGGAACUGUCAGUACGCCGGUUGCACGAAGGAUCUCAAUGCGAACUGUCCGGCGGAGCUACAGAUCGUCGAUUCAGGCUCUGUCGUUGCGUGCAAGAGCGCCUGCCUCGCUUUUAACACGCCGGAGUACUGCUGUACUGGCAACCACAGCACACCACAGACCUGCCCGCCGACGCGGUACUCAUCGAUCUUCAAGAAUGCGUGCCCUACCGCUUACAGUUAUGCUUAUGACGACGCCACGAGCACUUGUACCUGCUCCGGCUCGGACUAUUUGAUCACUUUUUGCGGGCAAUAAGUUUG